CGAAUUGGUGAAACAAAAUGGGGAAUAAAAAGAAACGAACCAUUGAAGUUGCAAUGAAUCAGAACCAUCAUUCUAAUGCAGCAAUCGAAAUGAAGGAUUCAGAAAUGGAAAUGAUCGAGACUAACAACCAGUUGAAUCGUCCAGUUGAAGUCAAAGAAGAGCCUCAAAUCAAGGAAGAGCCACAGUCAGUUGGUGAAUUGAUCGAUGUUCCCGUUCCGUCAUGGAAUAAUCGUGGCGUUGUACUCGUGCUUGGUGUCGAUCAAUCGAAUGGCGAAUAUGAUUUUGAUGAUAUUGAUUGCGAUGUCAAAAUCGAGGUGAAAAAAGAAGUCGAAAAAAAGAAGGAAGUAGCACCGAAGUCAAACGCUGACUCAGGCAGCAGAAGGAAAGAUGCAGAAGGAAAUCAACACGAUCUACAGCAGCCAAAACAUCAAGAUGAGGACGAUAUACUACCGCAAGUAAGUCGCCAUGGUGCAACGAAGCCAAAAGUAUGCAAAGUUGGUGAUCCGAAAAAUGUGUCGAAGAAACACAAGUGCGAUCAAUGCGAAUAUUUCACCGACCACAAAGGUCAUUUCAAUCGACAUCUAUUGAAACACACGGGCGAAAAGCCACACGGAUGCGAUUUGUGCCCGAAACGAUUUUCAACCAAACAAAAUCUUCGAAGCCACAUGAAAGUUCACGUCGAAGAGCUUCUUUUCCACUGCCAGGGCUGUUUCCAAGGAUUUAACGAGAAAGACGAGAAGACAGUGCACGAAGUAAAUUGCAAAGUCCCUCGUUACGAAUGUCACUUGUGCAAGAAAUCGUUUGGAUCAAACAACGUUUACACAAGGAUUCACAUGCGUGUGCACAGCGGCGUCAAACCAUUCGAAUGCACACAAUGUUCGAAACAAUUCGCAGAUGAGCGCAAUCUCAAUCGCCACUCGAAACUCCAUGCAGGUCCGUGCUCAGUCCGCUGCUCACACUGUCGCAUGGCAUUCUCACAUCAAGACGAAAAAAAUGCGCACUGGGAGAAGUGUGAUCGCGAUGUAUUCGAAUGCUACGUUUGUGGCAAGUCAUUUGCUUUGAACAAAUCCAAUUUGAUUCGUCAUAUGCGCACCCACUCCGGUGAAACCCCGUUCGAAUGUCAACAUUGCUCUAAACAAUUCAAAACGAAAUUCAGUCUCAAUGGGCACAUGGACUUUCACACAAAGACAUUUCCAUUCAAAUGUUUGAUUUGUCGCCGCGGCUUUUCGUUGGAAGUCAAAAGAAAGGCGCAUCAACGUAACUGCAAUCGACGGUGCUACGAGUGUCAUUUGUGCAACAAGUUCUUCCACUCCCACAACACUAACUUGAGAGGUCAUAUGCAUAUUCAUUCAGGCAAGAAGCUGUUCCAGUGCGAGCUGUGCCGCCGAACAUUCACACAAAAGUCGAAUUUGAAAUGGCACAUGAAGAACAUCCACCACAAAAAGUACUGAACCACGUUAUUCGGUUGCACGGAUUAUCUCAACGAAUAUUCAUUUGAUAUGCAUUCAUCAUCAGAUCUAAUCUCAUUUAUUGAAUCAUUUGACCAAUAAAAAGCAAAUCGAAAUUAAUUAAUCGCAAUCAUUUAAAUAUAUCUGAAUUGAUACGUUCCAACAAAUAUUGUUAAUACUUGUAAACGAUUUGGUUUUUCUUCUACUCAUUAUAAAUGCAAACAUUCAAUAAAAAUAAAACUUCAAUAAAAAAGGGAAUAUUUGCGUCAUCCGGUGUUUAUUUAUGAAAUCGUAAAAUGUUG